UGCUGUUGCACAACAACACCCAGCUGUUGUCAUACCUUAGGCCAUUAUGUCUUUCCGACACUCGACCACGACCAUGGGAUCCACAGACCCCGCCGACCUGGAGCCACUGUUGUCAGAGCAAUACUCUACCACUCCCUCACCUCAUGCCACUCGCCCAUUGGUGAGGAGAGCCUUAGUGAGACAUGGGGUGACCAAGCGAGUUGCUAUGUCUUUGGUGCCACCGCUGGUGUACCCAGAGUACAGGCGAGUAUACUCAGACCUUAAAGGACCCCUGCUGAUAGUAGCCACUCUGGCUUCCAUUAUUCUCUAUGGCCUUCAUGAUCCAAGACGGUCACUAACAUGGGAGUUUGUGACCACUGUCAGGCUCACUGUAGGCUACUGGCUAGGGUUUUCCCUGCUGGCCUUCCUGAUGGGGCGCUGCUUUAGCACCAGCCUGAGCCUGGCCCAGCUGUUGGCCCUGGCAGGGUAUAGUUUGACAGGUCACUGCCUGGUGCUUCUUGGCGCUGAGUUACUGCACCAGGAGGAGAGCCACACUGUUUUCUUCCUUCUCACCACAGUGUUUGGAGGUCUGGCCACAGGGCGCCUCGUGUUGCUGGUUCUUUUCCACACACCACAGCCACCGCACAGGCUCCUGCUGGGCUCCUCUCUGGCCUCCAUACACCUCAUGCACCUCAUUUACAUCCACUUUGCGUGCAUGAGAAGAAAGUUCAGUGUUUGAGGAGUGAGUGGAAGAAGGCAUAGAGGGAGGUCAGUAGUUGGUAGAUCAUGUGGCUGACUGUUGGUGAAGCAUCACCAUCCCAACAGAUUACUUGUUAGAUUGAAUUUCAGAGGCAUUAAUUAGGUUGUCACCAGGUUCUCACUUUAAUUAUUAUUAUUGACUACAUUUGUUUGUAAUUAUUAUUAAAAUUUCUUGUAAUUAUUUUACCUUGACUUAAUGGAAAUAACUUACAGAAUUACUGUGUCAUAAGUUACUGCUGUAGUGUUGCUGACAGAAAACUGUUGUAAAUAUGUAAUGAAGAUUAAAAAGGAAAAUUCUA